AUUUUGAACGUUUCCAAAUAGAUAAGAUGUUUUUGUUUGAGCAAAAUCUUCCUUUUUGAACAAAAAUAAAAAUCAACUUCCCAAUCCACGUUUCUUGCUAAAAUACGCAACUUCCAAAUCCAAUUAGACCGAGUCCUCUUGUUAACAGUUUUUAUACGUCCGAAAACUACUCCAAAAUUCAUAUAAAUUCAAAAGACUCAGAUUUUAGGGAUUAGUUAUCCAGUUCAUCGAAGAGAGAGAGAUAUUUGUAGUUACAAUCAAGAUGGGAAGGGUUUUUAUCGUUGAUCUGGAAGGAGAAGUCUAUAGUUGCAUACACUGUAAGACCCAUCUUACUAAAGAUCAAGACAUCAUGUCCAAGUCUUUCAAAAGCAGGGGUGGACAAGCUUAUCUCUUCAGUGCAGUUGUAAACGUUUCAACUGGAAAUAAAGAAGACAGAAUGAUGAUAACGGGACUUCAUACGGUAACUGACAUCUUCUGUGUUGGUUGUGGAUUAAACGUUGGCUGGAAAUACGUGACUGCCCAUGAUGUGAGCCAGAAGUACAAGGAAGGAAAAUCUGUUCUUGAAUUGUAUAAGAUUGUGGGUCCUCAUGAUAGCAACGACUUGGUUUGUCAACAAGUUUCUCAGCUUAUAAUUCAAUAAUCAGAUGACGCUUAAGCAUUUUCCUCUCUUAAUUCUUAGAUUUUUUUUUUAAAUGUACAUUCUUCU